AUGGCUCCGAAGAGAAGACCCGUUCCCCUAAAUAUCACGCCCAUUGGAGAGGGGCAGUCCAUCUCCACAACCAUCGAUGCUGCGUCCGAGUGAGUACUCGCGAGGGCCGAGAGUAUGUCUAUUGUGUACUAUACUGAUAUUGGGCAAAUUCUGGUUCUGGGGACUAGAUGCACAAUUUUGUUCCAGCCUAACACUAACCUAAGUAACACUAGACUAACACACCUGAUUCAAACCAAUCAUGGCCUCAGUGAUUAGUCGUAUCCAUGUGCACCCCAAUGUCCCCAGGACCAGGAUUGAAAAUAUGUUUGUUUAAUAUUGAUCUGUGCCACGCUCACUCAAUGCAUUGCCACUUCUCAGAGCCAAUCUGGAGGCCUUACAGAAGAAGCUAGGAGAGCUAGAUUUGGACGAACAGCAGAGGAAACGUCUGGAGGCUUUCCUCACCCAGAAAGCCCAAGUGGGCGAGCUGAAAGAUGAUGAUUUCCACCCCAUAUGUGAGCUGGGCGCUGGCAACGGUGGAGUGGUCAACAAGGUCCGCCACAAACCCUCCAGACUGGUCAUGGCCCGAAAGGUGAGUCUACCCUUGUAUCUACUUUUGACAUUUCUCACUAAACUCAGUUGUAGAUCCACACUACACUACUAGCCUUGUGUGCCAGGCUUCUAGGCUGAGACAUACAGCCGUUGAGUCAGCUCUCCCUCUCACUCCACACACACACACACACGUCUGUUUAAUUCUGGUUUAUGGCUCUGAAACUGAUAAAUGUAUUCUAGAUGAGCACUUGAUUAUUCUUAUGUUGCUCUCAUCUGAUCCUCUCCUCCACAGCUCAUCCACCUGGAGAUUAAGCCUGCCAUCAGGAACCAGAUCAUCAGAGAGCUGCAGGUGCUGCAUGAGUGCAACUCUCCCUACAUCGUGGGCUUCUACGGGGCCUUCUACAGCGAUGGAGAGAUCAGUAUCUGUAUGGAGCACAUGGUGAGCUUCUGAGAGAGACCGGGUUUGAGUUGAGGGGGUGGGUCGGUCGUAGGACAAACAUUGUGCUGGAAUGAUGCCACUUGUCUUAAAACAACUGUGUGUCUGUGGCAAAAAGGCUGAUGUGUGAAUUAGAAUUUUGGCUGAGAGUAUGAACAUUUGUUUGUGGUUUUGAGACUGCAAUGGUGCUUAUUACAGGACCUGUGGCAUAACACUAACAAACCAGUUGUAACUUUGUUUUAACAAGUUAAAAUGUUGCAGUGGUUGUUAUGAUAUAUCUUAAUCAUGUCAUGCACCUGGAGCAAUUGUGCAUUACAGUAUGACAAAACAAUACAGAAUGCAGACCAUGUAGACAUUAAACCGAAGACUGUUGGGUACAGGAUGGAGGCUCUCUGGAUCAGGUGCUGAAGGAAGCCAGGAGAAUCCCUGAGGAGCUCCUGGGCAAAGUCAGCAUAGCCGUGAGUAUUACUCCACUUAAUUAAUUAAGAUUUCAAUUAAUUAUUUGUGCUUAAUUGGUGGUGCUUGCUUUCAUUUGGUAUUUUUUCAUAAAUACCCAAGGUAUGUUUAUUCUGAAUAGAUGAGUUUUACAAAUUUAUUGUUGCUCUAAACGCAACAACUUCACAGUUAGUCACAAGUGUGAUCAAAUCCACUCUGUUCCUUUCCCUUGUGGUUAAGGAGUUUUUUGUUUCUCAAUGGACUGCUUUUUCUCCUGUCAUUGUGAUAAUCAUGAGGCAGGAUCCUCAACGUGCAAGGCCUUCUCACUGUUCUCACCAUUAACACUGUCUGCGUCAGUGCGUGUUUUGAUGUGAUAUCCUGUAUGGACUAAACUAUGGACCCAGGCAGGGUAAAACAUCUCAGAGCUGGUCUUUGUGUAGGAUUUCAGGUCCAGGAAGUGUGGAUGAUGAUACACUGUCAAGAGUAUGUUGUGUUAAAUAAAAUGUUUGCAUAUCACUCUUAAAGGUACUCAGAGGACUUGCCUAUCUGCGGGAGAAGCACCAGAUCAUGCACAGAGGUAAGAGACAGCUCUCUAUUAUGUUUUUGUGCAUAUAAACUAUAAGAUUUGAGACCCUGGGUGUAGUGUUUAUUUGGACAGCGUGAAUUAAUGUGAGGUCCAUAGUGUGUUUGGGUGUAUCUGGAGUUGAGGGGAUGUAACCUACUGUACCCUAUUGGUUUAACGUUUUUGGUGUAUAGUGUGGUUUUGGAGCUGACGGCGGUGGUGGAGUGUUUUGAGCUGAGGGUCGUGGUUUACAUUGUUUUGAGUUAAGGGCCCUGGUUUGUGGUGUUGUAUGUGGAGCCGAUGGGUGGGCUCUGGUGUGUCGUGGUAUGGUGUUGUUCUGGAGCUGAGGGCCAUGAUGUGUUGUGGCAGGGCUGAGGCAGAGCUGUCUGGGAGCCCAGGCGGUAAUUACAGGCUCUCAGAUGUGAUUACAUGGCAGCCGCGCCCUGCAGCCCCCUCUCUCCCUCUCUCAUACUCGCCCCUGUGUCUCCUCUGAAGUGGGAGGGGUCACCACAGAGGAUGGAUGUCAGGUCUACAACCCCAUUAUUCAGUUUAUUUUUUCCAGACUGUUUGUGACUAGGGGGAUUGAGGAGGAUUUGGCUUGUUUGUAUGGUCUCAACUGCAACUGUAGUGUUCAGCGCUAGCUACCAGAAUUGGAGUGGCUUUGUGAAAUGUGUCAGUGUUGAGGUGUCUGGCAUGGUAGAGGGGCUUGGACAGGGGGACGUGGUGAAGGGGCAGCUGGUGCUGCUGGGUCUGGGACCUCGGCCUUCUCGCUCUCUGGGACCUCAGCCCUCUCACUCUGGGACCUCACCUGUCGUCCCUCCCUGCUCUGACACGCAGACGUCAAGCCCUCCAACAUCCUGGUGAACUCGCGUGGGGAGAUCAAGCUGUGUGACUUUGGCGUGAGUGGCCAGCUCAUCGACUCCAUGGCCAACUCCUUCGUGGGAACGCGCUCCUACAUGUCGGUGAGUCAGCUUUCCCUCUCCCUCCCUGCCCAGGCCGCCCUGCCAAGAGCUGAGGCCAUGCCCAGGAGUGGGGCAUGGAGGCAGGCGCUGCCAGCCCUGCCCCUCCCCUCAGACACCUGGAGGGCGCGGUGCACAGAGCCGACCUCCCUGCCUGCCCACUUGGCCCGCUCUGUCUGCGUGUGACGUACAUGUGUGUUCCUCAACAGCCGGAGAGACUGCAGGGCACACACUACUCGGUGCAGUCGGACGUGUGGAGCAUGGGCCUGUCCCUGGUGGAGCUGGCCAUCGGCCGCUACCCCAUCCCCCCGCCUGACGCCAAGGAGCUGGAGGCCAUCUUUGGCCGGCCCGUACAGGACGGAGCCGAGGGGGAACCACACACCAUCUCCAACCGCCUCCCCAGACCACCUGGAGGACGACCAGUCAGCGGUGAGAACUGACCUGAAUCCCCUCCUCCUCACACAUGAUAAUACAAUGUAGAUGAUAUUAGUGCUUUUCAAACAGAUUUCUUUUUGCUUUUCAAUAAAAAGUAACUGGAAUCAAAAAGAAUAUAACAUUUUUUGAAAUUAUUUUAUUUAUGAUAUCUAAAUAUCUCUCCAUAUUCUCCUCUUCCUCAGGACAUGGGAUGGACAGUCGACCUGCCAUGGCUAUAUUUGAGCUGCUGGACUACAUUGUCAAUGAGGUCAGAUGAACUGCUGACUCCACAUAUUAUUCUCCUUAUUACCAAUUCUCCUUGUCUGUGUGCUCUGGUGAUCUUUUAAAUAACAUUUGUUGUCUUACACACCUUUUCCUCAUUCCCAGCCUCCUCCCAGGCUGCCACUUGGUGUCUUCACCAACGAUUUCAACGAGUUUGUGACAAAAUGGUGAGCCCAAGGAUUGAUCAUAUAAGAAUAGUACCAAUUACCUCAGCACCUUUUAUCGACAGCAUAGAAUCCCCAGUUGUUUUACAAUGACUUUUCUCUGUUUGGUGGCUGUGUGUAGACUCAACACACGUCUGUAGGCAAUAGGCAGACCAUAGAGCAAUGUGGAGCAAACGUACGUUUAAAGGUACUUUUCUCACCUCUUGAGAAUGAUUUAGGCCACGUCAGCAGAAUGAGAUUUAUUGUGCAGCUUAACCAAACUCAAUAAACUUCUGGAGGGUUUAGAGAGAAACAUCUUCCAUAGUGGAGAAAGCGUUCCUUUAAUUCUUCUUUGGUGGGGGGGGGUUCUAAUGAUUUCUCGGGAGUCAUGGAGAUGAUCAAAUGUUUGUGUUAAUAGUCUGAUCAAGAAUCCAGCAGAGCGAGCUGACCUGAAGAUGCUGAUGGUGAGUAGCUAUUAACUGUUGACUGUUAUUUGAAGUGCAUCUAUGGACAGUGAGGGAAAAAAGUAUUUGAUCCCCUGCUGAUUUUGUACGUUUGCCCACUGACAAAUAAAUUAUCAGUCUAUAAUUUUCAUGGUAGAUUUAUUUGAACAGUGAGAGACAGAAUAACAACAACAAAAUCCAGACAAACGCAUGUCAAAAAUGUUAUAAAUUGAUUUGCAUUUUAAUGAGGGAAAUAAGUAUUUGACCCCCUCUCAAUCAGAAAGAUUUCUGGCUCCCAGGUGUCUUUUAUACAGGUAAUGAGCUGAGAUUAGGAGCACACUCUUAAAGGGAGUGCUCCUAAUCUCAGUUUGUUACCUGUAUAAAAGACACCUGUCCACAGAAGCAAUCAAUCAAUCAGAUUCCAAACUCUCCACCAUGGCCAAGACCAAAGAGCUCUCCAAGGAUGUCAGGGACAAGAUUGUAGACCUACACAAGGCUGGAAUGGGCUACAAGACCAUCGCCAAGCAGCUUGGUGAGAAGGUGACAACAGUUGGUGCGAUUAUUUGCAAAUGGAAGAACUGUCAAUCUCCCUCGGCCUGGGGCUCCAUGCAAGAUCUCUCCUCGUGGAGUUGCAAUGAUCAUGAGAACGGUGAGGAAUCUGCCCAGAACAACACGGGAGGAUCUUGUCAAUGAUCUCAAGGCAGCUAGGACCAUAGUCACCAAGAAAACAAUUGGUAACACACUACGCCGUGAAGGACUGAAAUCCUGCAGCGCCUGCAAGGUCCCCCUGCUCAAGAAAGCACAUAUACAGGCCCGUCUGAAGUUUGCCAAUGAACAUCUGAAUGAUUCAGAGGAGAACUGGGUGAAGGUGUUGUGGUCAGAGGAGACCAAAAUGGAGCUCUUUGGCAUCAACUCAACUCGCCGUGUUUGGAGGAGGUGGAAUGCUGCCUAUGACCCCAAGAACACCAUCCACACCGUCAAACAUGGAGGUGGAAACAUUUUGCUUUGGGGGUGUUUUUCUGCUAAGGGGACAGGACAACUUCACCGCAUCAAAGGGACGAUGGACGGGGCCAUGUACCGUCAAAUCUUGGGUGAGAACCUUCCCUCAGCCAGGGCAUUGAAAAUGGGUCGUGGAUGGGUAUUCCAGCAUGACAAUGACCCAAAACACACGGCCAAGGCAACAAAGGAGUGGCUCAAGAAGAAGCACAUUAAGGUCCUGGAGUGGCCUAGCCAGUCUCCAGACCUUAAUCCCAUAGAAAAUCUGUGGAGGGAGCUGAAGUUUCGAGUUGCCAAACGUCAGCCUCGAAACCUUAAUGACUUGGAGAAGAUCUGCAAAGAGGAGUGGGACAAAAUCCCUCCUGAGAUGUGUGCAAACCUGGUGGCCAACUACAAGAAACGUCUGACCUCUGUGAUUGCCAACAAGGGUUUUGCCACUAAGUCAUAAUAAUAAUAAUAAUAAUAAUAAUAUGCCAUUUAGCAGACGCUUUUAUCCAAAGCGACUUACAGUCAUGCGUGCAUACAUUUUUGUGUAUGGGUGGUCCCGGGGAUUGAACCCACUACCUUGGCGUUACAAGCGCCGUGCUCUACCAGCUGAGCUACAGAGGACCACAAGUCAUGUUUUGCAGAGGGGGUCAAAUACUUAUUUCCCUAAUUAAACUGCAAAUCAAUUUAUAACGUUUUUGACAUGUGUUUUUCAGGAUUUUGUUGUUAUUCUGUCUCUCACUGUUCAAAUAAACCUACCAUUAAAAUUAUAGACUGAUCAUUUCUUUGUCAGUGGGCAAAUGUACAAAAUUAGCAGGGGAUCAAAUACCUUUUUCCCUCACUGUAGUUGGACAGUUCAGCUCUGUUUGUUCAUUGGUCCUCUGUAGCUCAUGGUCCUCUAGCUCAGUUGGUAGAGCAUGGCGCUUGCAACGUCAUGAUAAUGGGUUCGAUUCCCGGGACCACCCGUACGUGAGAUGUAUGCACAAAUUAAUAAAAGCGUCUCCUAAAUGACGUAUUCUACUAUAUUUAUUAUAUAAUUGAGGUUUGUAACCACAUUUUGUAGUUUGCAAAUUGGCUAUGUUCCCUACUGUACAUGCCCUUUCGAUAUCAGCCAUGGACUAAUAUUGAUGUGUUAACUAACAUGCGUUUACUGUUUGUUAUUGUUUAGAACCACACGUUUAUCAAGCGUGCUGAGGUGGAGGAGGUGGACUUUGCUGGCUGGAUGUGUAAAACCAUGGGCCUCAACCAACCCAGCACCCCCACCCGUGGUAGUGAAUGA